CCAAUGUCUAGUGUGACAACUACGCGUGAUAGGGACAAAAAUAUAUAUCAAGAGCAAGUUCAUGAUUCAUGAGUACAGUGGCGUAUUGUUCUUUUAUCUGGGGUAGUGGUUACAUCACUGCUAGAGCCAGAACACGGACACACAGGUCACUCCAGAAGACAGAAGAACAGAAGAGGAGAAUAAUGUCUGUCCUGAGAAAGAUAAACCCAACGCUGCAAAGAAUCUGCAUCUGUGAGCAGGAGAACCUGGGGAGACGAGCCAUGCAGAUUACAAGGGAACUGAAGCAGGGGGUGAAAAAGCCAUAUAAGGAGCUGGUUGACGUUUCCAUAGGUGACGCCCACAGAGGGGGAAUGAAACCAAUAACCUUUGUCCGACAGGUCAUUGCUGCCUGUAUUUACCCUGAACUCCUGCACGAUAGCGCCCUUCCAGCUGAUGUCAAGGAGAGAGCCUGGAGACUUAUGAGGGAGUGUGACGGAGGGAGUGUAGGCUCAUACACCGAAGCGUGUGGCAUCCCCUAUGUGAAGAGCAGCGUUUCCGACUUCAUCACACGGAGAGACGGGGGAGUGCCUGCAUCCCCAGAGAACAUUUUAAUCUCGUCCGGCUCUCAGACUGCGCUCAUGUUUGUCCUUAGUCUGCUGGUCCAUGGAGAGGGAUCGGCUCAGACGGGCGUGGCAUUCCCAGUGCCCACCUACAGCUCCUUCGCCAUGGCACUGGAUGAGCUGGGGGCAGAGAUGGUGCCUUAUUACCUGUGUGAGGAGGAGGGCUGGGCACUGAGAGUGGAGGAGCUGCGGAGAGCUGUGCGGGCAAGCGGACUUCACUGCACCCCCAGAGUGCUGUACGUCAUUAACCCCAGCAAUCCCACAGGUAACGUUCAGAGCAGGAAGAUAAUUGAAGAAGUAAUUCGAUUUGCGGCUGAGGAGAAGCUCGUCAUCAUGGCUGAUGAGGUGUACCAGGACACUGUGCAUGAGGAGGGCAUUGAUUUUGUGUCCUAUAAGAGAGUGCUGUUUGAGCUGGGGCCCCCAUACUCUGAGAGUGUACAGCUGGCCUCUUUCCACUCCGUGUCCAAGGGUUUCAUGGGAGAAUGUGGCCUUCGCAGUGGUUAUGUAGAGCUGGUUAACCUGGACCCUGCUGUUAUGGAGCAGGCCUGUAAGUGGUUGUCUGCAGGGUCAUGCUCAGCUGUGACUGGUCAGAUAGCGCUGAACAUUAUGGUCGAUCCUCCACGACCAGGAGAUCCGUCCUACACAAUGUACAGCCAGGAGGUGAAAUUCAAAAAGGACACCCUCACCUGUAAUGUGCGUCGAGUCCAGGAGGUCUUGGAGGAUAUUCCGGGGUUCACCUGUCAAGCUGUGGGAGGGGGUUUCUAUGCCUUCCCCCGCUUACACCUCCCCCAAAGAGCUGUGCAGCGGGCCAAGGAGUUAGGCUUGGAGGCUGAUCUGCUGUACUGCACCAGGCUGCUGGAGGAAGAAGGGGUGUGUCUGGAAGCAGGCAGCUCGCUUGGCCAAAAGGAGGGCACUCACCACAUCAGACUCUGUCUUAUGACCUCAACUAAGACACUGGAGAUGGUGCUGAAACGUCUGAAGAGGUUCCACCUCCGGUUCCUCAAAGAGUUUGCUUGACUGGAAUCGGAAAGACAAGCCUAUGCUGUAAUCCAGGGCUCUUCAAAUCUGGACCUCGAUUCCAAAUCCAGGCCUUGUUUUCAGUUCUCCCAGGUAGUUAGUUAAAUGAUUACUGAUUGGUCAGAGGCUUCACACCUGGCUCACAGGUAAAGGAAGGCUGGAAAACCAGCAGUGUUCAGACCUCGAGGACCGUGAUUUGAAUAACCCUGCUGUAGUCAGAUCAGUUUAUACCAUCUGUACGCUUGUGUGAUUUGAAUAAAAUGAGUAUGUAUUGCA